GCUUUUGUUUUGUUUCGUUUUUGUUUUGUUUCUCAGCGAAAUUUCGAUAUUGUUUGCAUCCGCUAUAUAACAAUAUCGUCACACACUAAAAAGGUUUCGCCUUUGCCACUUUAAUCCAUCAAUGGAGGAAGACAACAAGCAAAGCAGAUUCAGAAAAAUAUGUGUCUUCUGCGGAAGCCACUCUGGUCACAGGGAAGUUUUCAGUGAUGCUGCUAUCGAACUCGGCAAUGAACUCGUGAAGAGGAAAAUAGACUUGGUUUAUGGAGGAGGAAGUGUUGGGUUGAUGGGUCUUAUUUCCAGGAGAGUUUAUGAAGGUGGCUUCCAUGUUCUCGGGAUCAUUCCCAAGGCUUUGAUGCCAAUUGAGAUAUCUGGUGAGACUGUUGGAGAUGUAAGAGUGGUUGCAGACAUGCACGAACGCAAAGCUGCUAUGGCGCAAGAAGCUGAGGCCUUCAUCGCCCUCCCUGGAGGUUAUGGAACUAUGGAGGAGCUGCUGGAGAUGAUAACAUGGUCACAACUUGGUAUCCACAAGAAAACGGUGGGUCUAUUGAAUGUUGAUGGGUACUAUAACAGUUUGCUUGCUUUGUUUGACACUGGCGUUGAAGAAGGUUUUAUCAAACCAGGCGCACGUAAUAUUGUGGUUUCUGCCCCAACAGCCAAAGAGCUUAUGGAGAAGAUGGAGGAAUACACUCCUUCACACAAGCAUGUUGCGGCGCACGAAAGCUGGAAAGUUGAAGAACUUAGAGCUUACCCUGGACAACAAAGCAAGCCUCAAUGGUGAAGUGAAAUUACAUUAGUAUUGCUUAGCUUAUGCCUACUUCCAUUUUAAGUUUAGCCUGCAGAAUCCAACAAUGUGUGUAUAAGAAAAACUCAAAUCUUGUUGCAAUUUGAAACAGCACGUUGGGUCCCUAAUCUGAAAGUGUUGCUGA